AUGAUCAGUGGCAGACAAAGAGCUGCAAGGCAAGCACCAUCCAUGGCUACUACCGGUACAUGUAAUUCACGGUCGUGUAGUUCCUGUACCAGAAUUCGAAUCUUGCUAGGAUUGGCACUGGUGGUAGCAUUCUGGAUCGCAUCCAGAAUACAACCAAAGCCUAUUGAGCAAACCGAUGGUACUGGUACCAUUCUGACUCAUCAUCAUAAGGUUAACAGUGAUCCGACUAACAACAAGACGGUUCUAAUAGAGAUUCGGAUACCCAGUGUCCCUGAUGAUACCAUCGGUGACACAGUGCGCAGUGUCAUUCCCGUCGGUGCUGCUUCGUCGCCUUUGGAAGAUUGUAAGCCCACGGCACAGCUCUUGUUGAAGAUACUGCAACCACCAGAUUCUUCUUCUUCAAGACAACGAGAAAAUAAGUUGAUACAUGUAUGGACUAUUCAAACACUGGAUGAACAGGGGAAUUCCAAAACUGUCGGUGGAGAUGAAUUUUACAUUACAUGGAGCUCUAGUGGAAGUGAUGAUUCCGCCGUGGCCCUCAUUGACGACAGACAAGAUGGAAGCUAUCAGCUGGAUUUUGUAACUCCUCCUCUGAUGGUUCCAAUAACAUCGUCACGACAACAAGAAGGAGGAAACCUCACCAUUCACUUUCAAUAUACCUGUGGGAUUGGAACCAUGGCUCCUCCCAGCAAGGAUGGAUGGGCUCAUGGGGGAGCUCUUUACAAGACUUUUUCUGUACCACUACUAACCUCUUCACCACCCAUUCGCUCGUUUCAACCACCCGCUGCGACACACGGCAUGACAUCAUUAUCCCACUACGAACAAGUGUUUGCCUUUGGAGAUUCGGCCAUGAAACAGUUUGUCAAAAAUGCCAGUCGCGUCUUGGAACCCAACAUUGUCUUUCGCACCAAACGACGAAAACCAUGGACGACAGCCUUGAUCCAAGAGCAUUUGACAGUCUUCCGAAAACAACUGGGACGAGACUUGGCAGGCAGAAACAGCAACAAGUCGGCUCUGUUGCUGGGGUCCUCCAUUUGGGAUGUCUUGGCGUCCAAUACGGACAAGGCACAAAACAACCAGAACAACAAUCUAUUAUUCACCAAGAACCAACCCGUCUUUCAAGACCACUUGACAGCCUGUCGACAAUUCAUUGGCACGGUGCGACAAGAGUAUCCCCACGUGCAGGUACUGUGGAAGUCACCCUCGGCCAUGCACGUCCAUGUGGUUGUUGCCAACAACAAUGACACGGCGCUGCAAAACCGCGUUCGAUACAUGAGUUCCUCGCGCAUGGCACACUUGUAUCGACUGCAACGACAGCUCAUGCAAGAGUUGCAAGUUCCAUUCUUGGAUAUCUACGAAGCAACCUACUUGUCGGCAGACUGGACGUUUCCAGGAGAUGGAAGACAUUACCUACCCGAGCUACACAAGCACAUGCUCAAGUGGUUCUAUACAACAUGA